ACAUAUCAAGCUUCUCAAACAAAACACACCUGAGCUGACCUUUCCUCCAAAUUUCUUACUCCCUUCACCUUUAAACUUGCAGAGCACAUAUAUCCGAACAUUUAAAACCAGCAAACAUGGAAGAAGUUGCACCAGAAUACGACGUCAUUGUCAUGGGCACUGGCUUGACGGAGUGCGUGUUGUCUGGUGUUUUCAGCGUCAAGGGCAAGAAGGUCCUACACAUUGAUCGCAACGACCAUUACGGAGGCGAAGCUGCCUCAGUCAACCUCGAAUAUCUCUUCCGGAAGUACCAACCAUCCUCGGUCUCAUCCGAGCCUUGGAAGAAGUAUGGCCGCGCCAAUGACUGGAACAUCGACCUGGUGCCCAAGUUGCUCAUGUCCAACGGCGAGCUGACCAAUAUUCUUGUAUCCACCGACGUCACACGCUAUCUCGAGUUUAAGCAGAUUGCUGGCUCGUUCGUGCAGCAAGGUGCUGGCGCAAAGGCCACGGUGGCCAAGGUACCAGAUGGUCCUGCUGAAGCUUUGAAGAGUCCGCUCAUGGGACUUUUUGAGAAGAGAAGGGCAAAGAACUUCUUGGAGUGGGUUGGCGCGUACAAGGCGGACGAUCCUGCGACACACAAAGGUUUUGAUAUGCAGAAUUGCACGAUGAAGGACGUGUACGACAAGUUUGGUCUUGAGCCAAACACUCGCGACUUCAUUGGUCACAGCAUGGCCCUUUACCAAACAGAUGACUACUUAUCCCGACCGGGCAACGCCGAAGAGGUCAUCAACCGCAUACGUCUUUAUGUUAACUCCAUGGCGCGUUAUGGCAAAUCGCCAUACAUUUACCCGCUCUACGGCCUGGGCGAAUUGCCGCAAGGCUUUGCCCGCCUGUCCGCUAUCUACGGCGGCACGUACAUGCUCAACACUGAUGUCGAUGAGGUGCUCUGGGAAGGCGGCAAGGCUGUGGGUAUCAAAGCAACGAUGAAAGAAAAGGAUGAUGCGGGUGAGGGCAUGAAGUUCCAGACAAAGUGCAAGACUAUUAUUGCAGACCCAUCAUACUUCCCUAGCAAGGCCAAGGUGACGCAGCACCUGCUUAAGGCUAUUUGCAUUUUGAAUCACCCACUCGAUCACACUAACAAUGCGGAUUCAUUGCAGUUGAUCAUUCCUCAGAGCCAGAUUGGCCGCAAGAAUGAUAUUUACAUUGCUGUUGUCUCUUCGGCUCACAACGUCUGCCCUAAAGGAUAUUACAUUGCAAUUGUGUCCACGAUUGCCGAAACCUCUGCAAACCACCAUCUAGAGCUGCAACCUGGCUUCGAGCGACUGGGUCGCAUCGAGGAGAAGUUCAUGGGCCCACCUAUCCCGUUGUACGAGCCCAUUGAGGAUGGCAAGUCGGACUCGGUUUUCCUGAGCAAGAGUUACGAUGCUACAAGCCAUUUCGAAACCACAACAGAUGAUAUCAGGGACAUCUACCGUAGAGCUACUGGUGAGGAGUUGGUUGUCGAGGGACUUAGGGAUGGCCAGAAUCUUGUGGCUGAGGAAUAGAGAUGAAGAACGCAGGUAAACAAUGUACGUUGGAGUAUAUAAAAUGAGGAGAUGUGCAGUUUAAACUAUGUGUAGGCGCAUGUGGCGUAUGUCAUCAGUAGGUAGCCCGUCCGUACAACGUGAAUUAGAUUGACGUCACCGAUAGCACAAUUGAUCAUCUUUAUGCAUG